AUGGUGCUGAUGUUAUGAGUCAGACUUUUUUGCUCGACUUUUCUCAUUCUCAGAGACCACCACACUAGCACUUCUCGAAGACAUUAGAUUAGCUGGGUGCGCUACUACCUCUAGACUGGGUACACUACGGCAAUUAUUCAGUAGGAAGUGGGCUUGUCACGCACUAACGACAUCAUCGUGGCAACGCAGGGACGCCUUCGGGAAUACAUCGACUGUGGUAUUAUCAGCCUCGAAAAGUUUAUGGGCGCUCUUGGUUAUCCUCAGCUUUCUAUGUAUUCGAAAAACUGAAAUAAGCGAGUAACUACUGAAAAUAAGCGAGAUACUGAACAAGGAAGAGUAGCCCUGUCAAAGCUGCCUCCCUUAUUUCAGUCAGUAACUCCAACUCGGUUGCUUCAGUUUUUCGCAUAUUUAUUAUUGUAGUAACUUCGUUCUUCGUGAUCGUCGUGUCAGCCACCUCAGCCAGAAGGUACAAAGAGCAAACGACAAUGUAGGUGCCAUGAUAUUCCUAUAAGGGAUGCAUCACAAGAACAAGCGGCGCAAUAAAUAAAUAUAGUCUUAUCAUAAUAUAACUAAAUACCGUCUAGGCCUUUCACAGAUAUUAAAGCGUCGACUUCUAAUCUACGUCGCUGCGUCGUCUAUGAUUGUGUAUUGCAGCUUCUAUCUGAGGAUGCUGCCGCAAAUUCUAUCUUUUUCUGGCAAAAAGCGAAUGAGAGCGCUUCGGCGGCUGGGCGCCAGGCCCUUUCUCUUAGUACUUAUAUUCUUAAAAUGAAUUUUGAUCCAGAUGAUUGUUUGGUCUUCUACUAGGCACAACUAGAUGAUGUUGUGCUAUGAUCUCGUGCGAUUGUUAUCGAUGUAGACUUCUAGUUCUUUUGCCUCCAGCUCCUAUGCAUUGCUUUUGGUAUUUUUAUUCUCGUAAUUGAGGGGCGCUCCGAUGGGAAAAAACUACUUACGUCCAUACUAUCCUUUACCAGAACCACGCGCGUACUUUGUGGGAACCUGUCUACCCCAGAAACUGCUUCUGCAUGUGA